AUGCACUGCCGGCCAUCUUAUCCUACUAAUACUAUUUCCCCAUGUUCUUCAUUUCGCUUCGUUCAUACUAACAAUAAUAAACAUCAUCAACAUCAUCAUCAUCGCCGACGACGAUUAGAAGAUCCAAUUAUCACUUAUGCAUCGAAUUAUUACGCAACUUAUUCUGAUCAAAUCUUACAUUCACCACCGUCAUCACCGCAAUCAUCUCCUCUUCUAACAACUCGUCGAUCGAAUAAGAAAUCAACACGCAAUAAAGAUACUUAUUGUGAUCUAUACAAUCUACUUGAACAACCUCCAUUGAUGAAAGUAAAAAAGAAAAAUCUUUUAAAAGUCCAUUCAAUCGAUACUGAUAUUCAAGUAAAGAAAACGAACAAACAAAAUGAUCAAACAACGAACCGACACUUAUCAAAUAAAGGAUUUCUUCGGCGUGUCGCAUGUAGUUACUUUUGUAUGUUACGAACUAAUACUGAUGGAGAGAAUUCGAGUUAG